UGAAUAAAUGAAUAAUUUAAAACGAGAUCUUAGAUCUCCAUUAGUGUUACGUUUAGUCUCAUGUAUUUAUAAUUUCAAGUUCAAGUAGUAGUAUGAUAAACGAAUUAUAUAUAUUUAUGUAUAUACAUAUAUAUAUAUACAUAGAUCGAACUAUCUAACGUGUCAUUUUAUCACUAUUGAUAAUACUCGCUCUAAUUGAUAAAAUUGAAAGAAAUCUUAGAGAACAAAGUUUUCUGACAACACAUUGAAAUGGCAACCGGUGAUGAGCGACGAGUUGCGUUAAUUACUGGUAUUACCGGACAAGAUGGUUCCUAUUUAGCAGAAUUUUUAUUGGAGAAAGGAUACAAUGUUCAUGGAAUAAUUCGGCGAGCUAGUUCUUUCAAUACUGCUCGAAUUCAGCAUCUUUAUGAAGAUCCAAAAUGUCAUCGUCAGGGUAAAAUGAAGUUACAUUAUGGUGAUAUGACAGAUUCCAGUAGUUUAGUUAAAGUAAUUAGCUCUGUGCAGCCAACAGAAAUUUAUAAUCUUGCUGCUCAAAGUCAUGUUAUGGUCAGUUUUGAAGUAAGCGAAUACACUGCUGAAGUAGAUGCAGUAGGAACGGUUAGAUUAUUAGAUGCUAUACGUACUUGCGGCCUUGAAAAGUCUGUCAAAUUUUAUCAUGCAUCAACAUCUGAGCUUUACGGUAGAGUAACACAAGUGCCUCAGAAUGAAAAAACUCCAUUUUACCCUCGUUCUCCAUAUGCUUGCGCAAAAUUGUACAGCUUUUGGAUUGUAGUGAAUUAUAGAGAAGCAUACGAUAUGUUUGCAUGUAAUGGAAUAUUAUUCAAUCAUGAAAGUCCUCGUAGAGGAGAGAAUUUUGUUACCAGAAAGGUGACUAGGUCUAUAGCAAAAAUACAGUUAGGUUUACAAGAUUUUCUUGAAUUAGGAAAUUUAGAUGCUAAACGAGACUGGGGACACGCAAAAGAUUAUGUUGAGGCAAUGUGGCUAAUGUUACAACAAUCAAAUCCAGAUGAUUAUGUUAUAGCAACAGGAGAAACGCAUAGCGUUAGAGAAUUUGUGGAAGAUGCUUUCCAUUAUGUUGGUCGUACAAUUAAAUGGCAAGGGGAGGGUGUGAAUGAGACAGGACAAGAUGCAGAGACAGGAAAAGUUUUAGUUAAAGUAAACCCAAAAUAUUUCCGUCCAACAGAAGUAGAUGUACUUUUAGGUGAUGCUACUAAAGCAAAGGAAAAAAUAGGUUGGAAACCUACAGUUACAUUUGAGGGUCUCGUGAAAGACAUGAUGGAUUCUGAUUUGGAAUUAAUGAGGAAAAAUCCAAAUGCUUAAAAUCAUUUGUUACCUGUAAUAAAACCCGAUGCAUUUUGAAAAUACAUUCUAUGUCUCUACGAGACAGUGAUAAUUAAUAUAUACUUAUUGCACUGAAUAAACUUUCCAAGUAAUAAAAUUAAGUAUAGAGAGACAUCUGACUUGAAAUAUGUACAUAUAUUAAAAAUAGUGAUACACAAUGAA